AUGGUCCUUUUGCUGUUCCUUGCAAUCCUAUUAUUGAAAGAAGAUGUCUGUGGGAACUUCAGGCUUUUGGUUUCAGCACAGGCCAAUGAAAGAAGGGUGGUUGCACAUAUGCCUGGUGAUAUUAUCAUUGGAGCUCUAUUCUCUGUCCAUCACCAACCAACUGUUGACAAGGUUCAUGAGAGGAAAUGUGGAGAGGUGAGAGAGCAGUAUGGAAUUCAGAGAGUGGAGGCAAUGCUACAUACCCUUGACAGAAUUAAUUUGGACCCCACACUGUUGCCAAAUAUAACGCUGGGAUGUGAAAUAAGGGACUCCUGUUGGCAUUCUGCUGUGGCUCUGGAGCAGAGCAUUGAGUUUAUAAGGGACUCUCUUAUUUCAUCAGAAGAAGAAGAAGGGAUGGUGAAAUGUGUGGAUGGAUCAUCAUCUUUCCACUCCAAGAAACCCAUUGUUGGUGUCAUCGGACCUGGUUCUAGUUCAGUUGCUAUCCAGGUCCAGAACUUGUUGCAGCUUUUCAAUAUACCUCAGAUUGCUUAUUCUGCCACAAGCAUGGACCUAAGUGACAAAACUUUGUUCAAGUAUUUUAUGAGAGUUGUGCCAUCUGAUGCACAGCAAGCACGGGCUAUGGUGGACAUUGUCAAGCGCUACAACUGGACCUAUGUUUCUGCUGUACACACUGAAGGAAACUAUGGUGAAAGUGGAAUGGAAGCUUUCAAAGAUAAUGCAGCCAAGGAAGGGAUCUGCAUUGCACAUUCCUACAAGAUCUAUAGCAACGCUGGUGAACAGAGCUUUGACAAGCUGCUGCGAAAGCUUCGGAGCCACUUGCCCAAGGCAAGAGUGGUUGCCUGCUUCUGUGAAGGCAUGACUGUGAGAGGGCUCUUAAUGGCUAUGAGGCGCCUGGGACUAGCUGGAGAAUUUUUGCUGCUGGGCAGUGAUGGCUGGGCAGACAGGUACGAUGUGACAGACGGAUAUCAGCAUGAGGCUGUGGGUGGAAUAACGAUCAAGCUCCAGUCUCCUGACGUGAAAUGGUUUGAUGAUUACUACUUAGAGCUUCGGCCAGAAACCAAUCACCGAAAUCCAUGGUUUCAGGAAUUUUGGCAGCACAGGUUCCAGUGCCGGUUGGAAGGGUUUCCUCAAGAGAACCCUAAAUACAACAAAACUUGCACAAGCCAGAUGACUCUGAGGACACAGCACGUUCAGGACUCCAAGAUGGGCUUUGUAAUCAAUGCAAUAUACUCCAUGGCAUAUGGCCUUCACAACAUGCAGAUGUCGCUGUGUCCGGGCUAUGUGGGCCUCUGUGAUGCCAUGAAGCCCAUAGAUGGUCGGAAGCUUCUGGAAUCCCUCAUGAAGACUAAUUUUACUGGAGUCUCUGGGGACAUGAUCUUGUUUGAUGAAAACGGUGACUCUCCAGGAAGAUAUGAAAUAAUGAAUUUUAAGAAAAUGGGGAAAGACUACUUUGAUUAUAUCAAUGUUGGCAGCUGGGACAACGGUGAGCUGAAAAUGGACGAUGAUGAAAUAUGGUCAGAGAAAAAUAGUAUCAUCAGAUCUGUGUGCAGUGAACCCUGUGAAAAAGGCCAAAUAAAGGUUAUCCGCAAAGGAGAAGUGAGUUGCUGUUGGACUUGCACUCCUUGUAAAGAGAAUGAAUAUGUAUUUGAUGAAUAUACAUGCAAAGCCUGCCAGCUUGGCUCCUGGCCCAAUGAAGAGCUCACAGGUUGUGACCUCAUUCCAGUCCAGUAUCUCAGAUGGGGAGAUCCUGAACCAAUCGCAGCAGUUGUUUUUGCAUGCCUGGGGCUGCUGGCCACCUUGUUUGUUACAGUUAUAUUCAUAAUGUACCGUGACACUCCAGUGGUCAAGUCAUCCAGCCGAGAACUUUGCUACAUCAUUCUAGCUGGCAUCUGCUUGGGUUACCUGUGCACUUUCUGUCUCAUUGCAAAACCUCAACAGAUUUACUGUUACCUGCAACGAAUUGGCAUCGGCCUCUCCCCAGCGAUGAGUUACUCUGCUCUAGUAACUAAAACCAACCGCAUUGCAAGAAUCCUGGCUGGAAGCAAAAAGAAAAUAUGUACAAAGAAACCUAGGUUCAUGAGUGCCUGCGCCCAACUGGUCAUUGCAUUUAUCUUGAUAUGUAUACAAUUAGGCAUAAUUGUUGCCCUCUUCAUAAUGGAGCCACCAGAUAUAAUGCAUGAUUAUCCAAGCAUCCGAGAGGUCUACCUGAUUUGUAACACCACCAACCUGGGUGUUGUAACUCCCCUUGGGUAUAAUGGAUUGUUAAUUUUGAGUUGCACCUUUUAUGCAUUCAAGACAAGAAAUGUUCCAGCUAAUUUCAAUGAAGCAAAGUAUAUUGCCUUUACAAUGUAUACCACCUGCAUCAUUUGGCUGGCUUUUGUGCCAAUAUAUUUUGGAAGCAACUACAAGAUAAUUACCAUGUGUUUCUCAGUGAGUCUGAGUGCCACGGUGGCCCUUGGCUGUAUGUUUGUGCCCAAGGUCUAUAUCAUCCUUGCUAAGCCUGAAAGGAAUGUGCGCAGUGCAUUCACCACAUCAACCGUGGUCCGCAUGCACGUAGGGGAUGGAAAGUCAUCGUCAGCUGCAAGCCGCUCAAGUAGCCUGGUCAACCUGUGGAGAAGAAGGGGAUCAUCUGGGGAAACCCUGAGGUACAAAGGCAGGCGACUGGCCCCGCACAAGUCGGAAAUAGAGUGUUUCACCCCAAAAGGGAGUAUGGGGAAUGGUGGGAGAGCUACAAUGACCAGCUCCAAUGGGAAAUCAGUUUCCUGGGCCCAGAAUGAGAAAAGCAGCAGAGGAGCACACCUUUGGCAGAGGCUGUCAGUUCACAUCAACAAAAAAGAGAACCCCAACCAAACUGCAGUGAUCAAGCCUUUCUCUAAAAGCACAGAUAGUAGCCGACAUAGUAGCAGUGCUACAUUUCCCGAGGCCAGUGCCAAAACACUUUACGACGUUUCAGAAGCAGAAGAGCAAUACCCAGCUCAGUAUCGACCACAGACUCCCUCGCCUAUCAGCACCCUGAGCCACAGAACUGCCUCUGUUAGCCGAACAGAGGAUGAUGCCCCUACCUUCCAGUCAGAGCCUCCUCAGCGAAGUAGCUCCUCUCAAGGAUCCCUCAUGGAGCAGAUCAGUAGUGUGGUUACUCGCUUUACAGCCAAUAUCAGUGAGCUGAACAAUAUGAUGCUUUCAACAACCACUCCAGGGACAAUUGCAACCACUCCUCUCUGCUCUUCAUACCUGAUUCCACGGGAAAUCCAGCUCCCUACAACAAUGACCACGCUUGCAGAGAUCCAACCGCUUCCUGCCAUUGAAGUCAAUGGCGCUUCACAGUCAGCUAGGAAACCUUCAAAUGGCAGCAUCAAAGAAGGCACUUCAGAGACCCCAUCUGCCAAGCAAGACCUGGAGGAGUUGGUAGCUUUAACUCCUCCUUCUCCUUUUAGAGACUCUAUUGAUUCUGGAAGCGCAUCUCCCAGCUCUCCAGUUUCUGAAUCCGCUCUCUGUAUCCCAUCCUCCCCAAAGUACGACACACUCCUCAUCAGAGAUUAUACUCAAAGUUCUUCUUCGCUGUGA